CACGUAACCUUUAUAUCUAGCCGCUUUGUCUGGUGGCCCUCUACUCCCGCCACCUCCUUCUACCGGCCACCUCCACCAAUUGAAUGACAUAUAUGCCCCUUUAGUACUAGCUAGUGGCCAAGGACUAGAUUGACCUUAGUUAGGUAGCGCGAAUACUUCAUCCAUUCAAUCAGCGUGUCUCGUUUCGAAAACAUUUAGUAUAUUUCACUUUUCAAAUACAGAACUUCAUUUUUUACACAGAAAAUCUUAAAAUACACCGUUUCGUCGUGUCCGAGUGUCCUAUUUUUCUAUGCCCGUGUCCAUGCUACCUAGACCUUCAGUAGACUGAGGACCACUUGAAUUUCUUUACUCUUGUUAAUGGGGAAUUUUAGAAUUAACAGUAUUUUGAAACGUUUCUUAUUUGCCAAUAAGAAAUGCUUUAGUUUGGUAAUCAACCCAGAUGAUGCAACAUGUGGGACGCCUACUUGGAUUGGGAAGGGUCUGACUUGUGUUUGCUUUAAGAGAAAGGGAGCUUAUGAGCGGAUUUGCAUUAAUUUAACACCUCAUCAGGAAGAAAGAUUGAAAAGAUUGCGACACCGAAUGAAGAUUUGUUUUGAUGCUUCCAGGCUAGAUCACCAGGAAGCUUUAAAAGCACUAUGGUCAGCCACAUUUCCGGAUCAGCAGCUUCAUGGGUUGGUAUCUGAUCAGUGGAAAGAAAUGGGAUGGCAAGGAAGAGAUCCAUCUACUGAUUUCAGAGGAGCAGGUUUCAUUUCUUUGGAGAAUCUUUUAUUCUUUGCCAAAACAUUUUCGACAUCUUUUCAAGUUUUGUUAAAGAAGCAAGGAGGAAAAAGAUCGGCUUGGGAGUAUCCGUUUGCGGUUGCCGGAGUAAAUAUUACUUUCAUGAUCAUGCAAAUGCUCGAUCUUGAUGCCUCAAAACAUAGGACAUUUGUAAGAUCAGUUUUCUUACAGAUGCUAUCAGAGAACGAAUGGGCAUUUGAUUUGCUCUACUGCAUGGCGUUUGUGAUCAUGGACAAGCAAUGGCUAGAUAAGAAUGCAACAUACAUGGAGUUUAAUGAUGUUAUGAAAUGCACAAGAGCUCAGGUGGAAAGAGAACUUCUGAUGGAUGAUGUACUUAGGAUUGAAGAUAUGCCUUCUUAUAACCUUCUUUUCUAGAAAUUAAAAAGCUUAAGUUUUGUUUGGUUAGGUUGCUGAUUUUUGUCUUUUGCUAUAUUUUUUACAAUUGCCAAAGGGACAAAUAAGCAAGUAAACCAAACAUACCCCAUAAAUUUAGUUUGGAUCAAUUGACUAUCUGAUAUUUACUGUAACCUUGAAAUUUUGUACAACCAAUCUUUCUUUUUAGGUGAAUACAAUAUUUUGGAUGCUUAGCCA